AUGCCCCCCCCUUCGUCGCGUGCCGGCGGCAUGAGCGGCCUCCUAAAGUUCGUCGCAAUCUUGAUCGGCAUCCUAACCCCAGUGGUGUACCUCCUCGAGCAGAACCUAGAGUCCUUCUACAUCUUCGAGAUCGACCAGAUGCAUGAUGUUGCCAAAAGAGGUCUUCAGGCCCAUGGGAACGACACAAGGGCUGUGGUCCAGUUCAUUGUGAACGAGCUCGGCAGUCAGGUCGGAACGAAGAGCCACAUCAACCACGACGAAGAAUGGGUCUUCAACAACGCUGGAGGCGCAAUGGGUGCUAUGUAUAUCAUCCACGCUAGCAUUACUGAGUACCUGAUCAUCUUCGGAACCGCAAUUGGUACGGAAGGACACUCUGGUCGCCACACCGCCGACGACUACUUUCACAUCCUGUCGGGCACCCAGCUUGCCUAUGUCCCUGGCGAGUAUGAGGCCGAAGUCUACCCGCAAGGCAGUGUUCACCAUCUGCGCCGGGGCACUGUUAAGCAAUAUAAGAUGCCCGACUCCUGCUUUGCGCUCGAGUACGCACGAGGCUGGAUCCCUCCCAUGCUCUUCUUCGGCUUUGCCGAUGGCCUCUCCAGCACUCUCGACUUCCCUACCUUGUGGAGGACCACAUGGAUCACCGGCCGCGAAAUCGUCAAGAACUUGCUCAAGGGAAAGCUCUAG